GUCGCGCCCCGCCCCAGUUCGACGCGGUAUCUCCGCGAGACCGCGGCCACGAAGCCGCACGACCCCCUUCUUCGGUUCUUCCCUCGUCUAUUCGUGUCGCGUCACCGACCCCCGCGAUAAAGCUUUCGCGCGGCGCAAACCGAAUCGCUCAAAAUCAGAGUGCUAGCUUGCCCAAUUCUCCAAUCCGAGCGUCCGUGAGGUCUCAUCCUAUCCCCAGUUCGACCCUAGCGCACCUGUUUUUUGUUCUAGGGUUUGCUGUUUUGGUCCGGGGAUCUAGGGUUUGCCUGCGGAUUUCGCCGUGAAUUUUGGGGGUCCAGUUGUUUUGCCCGGUCCCGGGUGAUCCCUGCUUGCGCCCCAUGGCUGCGGCGCGGCACGCGAGCUACAGGAGCCAUGAUGGGGCGAGGGGGCGGGAGCUCGACUUGGAGCGCUCCAGGAGGAGCAAGGAGUAUCGUCAUCGCCACCCGAGCCACGACCGCGACUCGGACCACCGCCGCGACGGCGGCCGCAGCGGGGGCCGCGACGGCGGGCACCGUCGCCACCGCUCGCCGUAUCCGCCACCGAGGAGCUGGCCUUCAAGAAGGGAGAAUGAUAGGGAGCCUGGCGAGGUCUCAAGCGGCAGCGCCUCGGAUUCUGGUGGGCGCCCAUUGAAGGCUGGGGUACCGAGGGAGGAUGGUUUUCUGGGAGUUUGCAAGGACGGCAGUGCGUUACCACUAAGUACGAAGAGGAAGCACUCACCUGUAGUCCUGGAUGCCCAUGUCUCAAAGUUGCAGGCCAUAGAUGAUGUGAGGAGCGGGGGAGUGGUAGACACCGCAGCAGUGGAGUUCCCUUUGCCUUCACCACCUCCUUUAUCAGAUGAUAGUUCUGUGGCCACGUUUGGUGGGUGCUCAAGCCCAACAAAGCACUUGGAUGUUUCAAUGGUUCUGCAUGAGCCCGAAUUUUCUCAUGAACAUGAGAAGAAUGGGGUUAUGGUGGGGGAAGAGGAGUGCCCAACAACGAGAAACAUCUUUACUUCAAGAUGGGCAGAAGCUGAUGACGAGGAAGAAGUGAUUGUGCCCAAAAAGAAGAAAAGUGUCUCUCCUACUAACUUGUAUGAACAUAGAUCUACACAGAAAGUUACAAUCCCAGAGCUUGGAGAAGUGCUGCGGGUUCAAACAUCAAGAGAAAGCUCCUCAAGUUCAUCUAACUCCAUGGGUAGUGAAAACUGGAAUAUCAAGGUAGACGGGGGUGACUGCAUGUAUGUUAAGGAGGAUGUCAUUGAUUCUUCUGUUGGUUACUCGGUGGAUACUCAUUUUGGGAGUGAUGCACGCAGGUCUAGAACACCUGAGGCUGUAUGUCCACCACGUAGGUGCUUUAACAUGCUUCAGGGCUGUAGGAGUAUUGAUGAGUUUGAGAGGCUCAACACAAUCAAUGAGGGUACAUAUGGAGUUGUUUUUAGGGUGAAGGACAAGAAAACUGGUGAGAUUGUUGCAUUGAAGAAGGUCAAGAUGGAUAGGGAACGGGAAGGUUUUCCAUUGACCUCUCUUAGGGAAAUAAAUAUCCUCUUGUCCUUUGACCACCCUUCUAUUGUGGAUGUCAAGGAAAUAGUUGUUGGUGGACAUGAUGAUGAUACUUUCAUGGUGAUGGAGUACAUGGAGCAUGACCUGAAGGGUGUCAUGGAGACGAUGAAGCAACCAUAUACCCAAAGUGAGGUCAAAUGUUUGAUGCUUCAGCUGCUAGAAGGCGUGAAGUAUCUUCAUGACAAUUGGGUCCUGCACAGGGAUCUCAAGACAUCGAAUCUCCUCUUGAAUAACCGUGGUGAGUUGAAAAUAUGUGAUUUUGGACUCUCUCGUCAGUAUGGCAGCCCGCUAAAACCUUACACUCAACCAGUUGUGACUUUGUGGUAUAGGGCUCCGGAGCUGCUUUUAGGAGCAAAAGAGUAUUCUACUGCUAUUGAUAUGUGGUCAUUGGGUUGCAUAAUGGCAGAACUCUUAUCAAAAGAGCCACUCUUCGCAGGGAAAAAUGAGAUAGAUCAACUUCAUAAGAUAUUUAGAAUACUUGGCACACCCAAUGAGGAGCGGUGGUGUGGUUAUUCAAAAUUGCCCGGUGCCAAAUGCAAAUUUGUAAAGCAACCGUACAAUAGGUUAAGGGACAAGUUUCCAGCUGUAUCCUUCACUGGAGGGUUGACCUUGUCAGAAGCUGGAUUUGACCUGCUAAAUAGGUUGUUGACAUAUGACCCUGAGAAGCGCAUAUCUGCAGAUGAUGCCUUGAACCAUGAGUGGUUCCGUGAGGUUCCUUUGCCCAAAACAAAGGAUUUCAUGCCAACUUUUCCUGCUCUGAAUGAACAAGACAGGAGGAUCAAGAAAUACAUGAAGAGCCCUGAUCCACUGGUGGAGCAACAGAUGAAAGAACAAGGGAGCUCAGGAGAUCGUGGUCUUUUUGGUUGAUCUGAAACCAGAUUUGGGCUUGCUGCAGUAAUCCAGUUUCCAGUGUGAAUAAUUGUGAGUACACGUGCCAAGGUGAGGUGUCCCGAUGGACAUGAAAGUACCUGUCCACUUAGUUUGCGGUGACAACUGAUUCUGUUCCAUAGCAGGCACAUGAUCAGAAGGGAAUAAAAUAUUUCAUUGUGGUCCAUUGAGCUAGUAUUCAAAUGUCAGGCUUAAGUCUCUUGUCAGAACUCAGGUCACAUUCUAAUCCACCAUCAUUUUAAGGUGUAGAUUCAGUUCACUUUCAAUUUCAUCUGAAGGUUGGGCCGAUUGGGUACACCGGUUUCACCUCUGAAACUUCUUUGUGUAAAAUAUCAUAUAUCGUUGCCUUGUAAUCAGUAAUCAAUGAGAUAUUAAUGACAUCCUAUUCAAGUAGUUCAUCUUUCUUUGGUCUUUCCAUUUUGUUUGCAAGAGUUGAAAAGCGAAGGGGUGGGUGUGUUUGCUUUUCGCAAGGAAAUUGAUGCCCUCUUAUCACAAAUUGUAAGGUAAAAUACUGAGGAGCCUAUUCCCUCUGCUGAUGUGCUAUUGUAAAAAUGUGAUUAAUCUGCCCCUUUCAUUUCUUAUUUUAAUUUUGUUAAAGACUGGUUUGUACUGAAUAGAGUUAUGAUCUACUAUGACACCCUCUGGUGGUGCUUGUAAAUUGUUAUCUUGAUCCUUGGUGCACCUGGUCUAGUAAAUAUAUGGCUUUCUCAUUUGCAAAGGUGCAAAUGUUUAUCUGACACGGGAAUUUCCUAUCUCCAAGAAUUAAUAACGGCAUUAGACAGUUUUGGAUCACUGCAGUUUCUAUGCAUCAUUCAGUCUGGGUAGGGUAUGGCAACAAAGUGAUUUAGGUUUAAUUGUCUCAGUUCCUUCAGCCUUUUGCAGUAGCCUAAAUGGCUUCAGAAUGUGGAAAUAGAGAUCCAUAUCUUUUGUCGGUUGCUUUCCUGAACACACAGUGAUAUAAAUAUGAUGGUUGGAGCUUGGCUACAGGUUACUGUCAUCUUCCCAAAAUAUUGACAGUUCUUUGUCUGAUCUUCUUGGGCAUUCUUUUAAACAUGCCAUAAUUUUCUAAUGUUCUGUUUCUAAAAGUUACCUACACUGCUAAAUUAAAAAUUUUCAGAUGGCUUAAUAAUCCUUGGACCUGUUCAAUCUUCAUUUCUGCGAGCUUCUCUGUUGCAACUUCAUUGCUUCAGCUUAAGCCACUUCUGAGACACUAAACUAUUUCUUGUGAGACACUACUGCAUUUGUGGAAUUGUGGUUAGCAUCUUUGCUGGAACUUGUCAACCUAGAUCUAACAGCUGCUGUUUGGGAAUGGUAUAUAUAUAUUGUUAGACCUGGUCCUGAUGAUUUUUGUUGCACAAUUAAUGUUCAAGCAAUGAUUAAUUCUUGAUGAACUUGUUAGAAAGUUUACUUAACUCACUGUAAAUGUUAUGCGACACGUCUGCAGCUUAAAGCUGUGGUUGUAUCAAGACAGAAGCUUUCUUGGACGUCAGACUAUUAUACUUGAACUGACUUUCUUUCUGGCUGGGACUUCAAAGGUCUCACCUAUUACUAUGAAUCCAAGGGGUUAGUCUACUAUCUUAUCUUCUGUACAUUACUGCUUUAACUUUUGUUAAUCUUCACGUGUUCGUCUUCACUUGGCAGAGUUCAGGUCAGCUCCUUUAACUACUUUGGUAACUCCUGACCUCUUCCUCAUUGCACUCCAAUUUUGUUUCAUGUGUUCAUCAUCAUCAUCUUUGUACCAUUACUGCGUCCUGGAUCCAGAGGUAAGUUCAUAUGAAAAAAAGUAUUUAAAUAAAAACACAGUAUAUUGAAUUUUCAAGGGUCCAGUUCUUUUGCCAAAAUAACCCCCCCCCCCUCCCACCAAAAGUGAACAUACUUUGCUUUUGUCAAGGCACAUUAGCUCUCCUAUCAGAAUCGAGAAAUCCUACUUUCCCACAAUGAUUGCAUCUUACUGUUCGAAAUAUAGUCCUUUUCACCACCUUGAAGUGAAUAAACAGUGUGUACUUUAUCAGAAAGAAACUCAUGGUUCUGAAAACUUCCAAUUCUUUCUUGCAAAGCUGUUACUUGAGCUUGAUAUUGAGUUAAGUUUUCCAUCUUCUGGUUCGAGCAUGUUGUAUUAAUUUUAAACCAAAGAUACACAAGUUAGAUUUAAGGAAACCUGAAACUUACAUGCUAUUUGAAACCUGAAAGGUUAGGUAUACUCCAAACAAGUUUACAGUAACAGUGUAACAGAACCCUCAACCAUAUUUUUUAAACUCUGGCCAGUGUGCUCUUUCAUACCAUCUUCAGCAUGAAUGAGUGAAUAAGUACAAUAGAUAAUGCUAGGGAGAUGAAUGUUUUUAUGGAUCUUGGCGUUUAGACCUUCUAUAAUUUUCCUUCAUAGAAGUUUUUAUUUGGCAACUGGACUAUGGAUGUACAAAAAUAAUCAUCGGUAACAAACAUAAGGAAUAAUAUUAGCGAACAUGAUAUUCAAAUGAUCUUAUAUGGACGUCACAGUGGGCUCUUUACCAUGAUUAUAGUUGCUUGUCAUCCCCAAUGGACAUGACAUGUUUUAUCCCUCUGAUUGCAAGAGGGAUCAUUGAUUCACAGUUUUUUAGGUUUGACUCAGGUUACUAGCCUAACGUUUUAGGGCUAGUGACUAAAAGUAAGACCGGCAUGCUAAGGAAAUUGAUGUUCCAAGCAUAAACUGUCUAGGACCAAAAAGGUUAGGAUCAAAAGGUUCACUUCCCAUAUGCAUGGACAUGGUAAACUACUUUUAAGUAUUUCUUCAGUUGUAUGGAUAAAAAUUUAAAAACACAAAGCUUAUCAUUCUCAAGCAAGUUGGAGUAAUCCAGAUAAGAUCCAAUAGAAGCCACUAACAAAGAGGAUACUCCUAUAUAAUUGUGGUAAUGAAUAUAGUUUAGUUAUCGCCUUAUCGGUGUCUUUGAUAUUGGCUUGAUUGUGAUGUUUUUCUUUGAUACUGGCUUAAUUGUGAUGUUUUGUGAGAUCAUGUUUGCCUGAAACCCAACUGCUUUCAGUUGCCUGAAAACUUAGGACUCUACAGUUGGUGUUACUGUUCAGUGCAUUGCAGGUAGUACUAUUGUUCAGGGCACUGUAGUUCUGGGAAUUAUGAUGUAAUGUACCAAGAUCUAAUGUCUGAACCACAGAAUGUCUAAGCUUGAUUUGUGGCAUCUCAUUUUGUUCAGUGAGUUUGUUUUAAAAAAUAAAAGUUAAGUGAUAUACAUCUCCAAUUAUCCAAUGUGGCCAAAUGCCAUCUCCAUUUCAUGGCUACCUAGGACAUGACCGAGAUAGCAGGCAUGGCAGCCACCCAUGGAGAUGGCGCGUUCAGGUCAGAUCAACUUAAAUUCCAGACUGGUGGAGGGCUAUGGACAGGUUAACUACACGGGAUUACUAAUCACUUCCAAUUUAGAAUCUUAUAUUCACUUAAUUUGAAAAGAUUCGUAUCUGUACAUUCAGUUAGAUGCCAUUCUUAUACCAUAUUCAUGUCAUGGUGGCGUAUUAUCAUCAUGAAUCCUCCAAUAUCCUUCUAACUGUACUCGAUUCAUGCUGAGGUCUAUAGAAGUUCGUAGCUAAAAACUAUUUUCUAAUUCUUUAAACUCUCUAGGUACACCUGUGGGAGCUAUUAUUUCUGCCUUCAGCGAGUUAUUCUUGCUUUUGUAUGACUUUAUGACUCAUUAACUUGUUUUUAACUUUGCUCAUUGUUUUGCGAGUGCAAACAAUAUUCACUGCGUUCGGCUGGUCUCCAGCCCUCCAGCGCUACAUUUUUUCCCUCUCACAUCACUCCAGCCACCAGCCAGGUAACAGUGUUUUUCUCUCACACCACUCCAGCUCCAGCCUGCCGAACACAGUGAAUGUUGGAAGGCACGAUUUUCAGGGUCUGGAGGUGCAAGGCACGAGUCGAGCCGGCUUUCAAGAUGCUGCAGUUUGUUAGGCCCGUUUGAAUUUAUUUGAAGAUAAGAAACAAACCAUGACGGAAUGAGCUAUGUAGAUUUCUGGUUGGGCUAAUUUUUUGUUUGAUGAUUAAUGCUGUGUACAGCUUUUCGAUCCACGAUGGUUCCUGUUUCUCUUCUAUGCAAUGUGAGACUACAAUUUUGCCUGAAGAACAUCCUGUAUUUGACAACUUGGCACCGAAUUGCCGAGUUCCAAAGUUUCUGUAAACGGUCUCAAAAGUUCUUUGAAUAUA